AUGGCACUCCUCAUCGCCUUUGCCACUUUUACCGGCUUAGGCCGAUUUGUCUACAACCAAUAUAGCACCCUGUUCAGCUACGAAGCUCAAGCUUCUGAUGAAAGCAUUUCCAUUUCGAACAAACGCCGCAGACAUGAGCCUCUUCCUACCAACCUCGACAAGCGCCGAUUCCUCACGACUCGCUCUGCUUCCGGUAAUUCUCGUUCCGCUACCAGUACUUCUCGCUCUGCUUCCAGCAAUUCUCGUUCUGUUACCGAUAAAUCUCGCUCUGUCAACGAUAAUUCUCGUUCUAUUUCCGAUAAUUCUCGUUCUAUUUUGAAAACUUCUCGUUCUAUUACUGGUACUUCUCGCUCUGGGAACGAUAAUUCUCGUUCUAUUGCCGAUACUUCUCGCCCCACCGCCGAUAUUUCUCGCUCUAUGAGCGGUACUUAUCGUUCUGCUUCCGAUGAUUCUCGUUAUAUCUCUGAUGAUUCUCGUUAUAUUUCCGGCAAUUCUCGUUCUAUUUCUGGCGACUCUCACCCUAUUGACAAUACCUCUCGCUCCAUUUCCAAUGGUUCUCAACCUGUUCUCGAUAAUUCAGCUUCCAGAUUGUCCACUCCCGACAAUGGUGGUCAAGAACUGCACUGGCUCGACAAGCAAGCCUUUGCCGAUCUCAUUCGACAGUACAGCGAAUUUGCCGCCCUGCUCGAGUUUAUCUGGAAAUCCUCCAUGACCUCCACACAACCGGCUCUCGUUGACGGCUGCCUCUACCCCAUUCGAAUGCAUUUAUUGGUUGACCCGGAGCAGCUCCAGCUAUACAACCGUGGCCUACUGUUUCCUUUGAAUGCCACUUUCGAAGAGUUCUGCAUUCGCUGCAUUGCGUUCCUUGACAAGGUGUACUGUAUCGACCGCAUCAUGGACCUUCGAGAGCAGUGGCCAACUGCGCCAUCAUUCAUGAACGAAAAACCCACGCCACAAGAUCUGGAAAUGCUGAACAGAAUUCGAGACUUCUUCUCGUUUCCGGAUCUGCCUGAGAUUCUUUCAAACGUUUUAGCCGCCUGUGGAUUCGACAACAUUGACGUACCUGCCGAUUUCAUGAAUCGCAUCGUUUUGGACUUGGGCGCCAUUAUUCAUAGGCGAACUGUACCAAGCUACGUGGCAUCAGCUGAAUAUCGGGAGCGACUCAAGGUCCUAUUUUCAGUCAUUGACGACAAAUGUCCUGGAAGCUUCCCUGAAAUCACUCAUGAAGCCACUCCUGAAGUGACCCCUGAAGUGGCCCCUGAGAAUGAGGCAGACGUUUGGCUAGAGAUUGCCGACGAAAGCGACCCGGAGAAAUCCUCAUUUGAGUUUAACCCACCUUCAUUGGACUCGUCAUUUUCUUUCAAUCCCUCGACAUGUUCCCUAUCUGGGCUUCCCACACAGCGUCCCGGAAAACGUGUGUCUUUCGAUGAAUCACUAAACAAAACCUACGAUAAGAUCGACGAGUUGAUGUCUAUGCCAUCACUGAGCUCACUGAAAAUAAGUGAGGAAUCAGAAAUCGAGCUUCGAAAUCUACGAAAAGAAGCAGAAGCUCUACGAGCACACGAUGUUGAGCAAGAAAAGCUUCGUAAACUCCGGGAACGAACAGCCAACGGACCCCAACAGCCUGUCGUGGCGCCUCUCAGCGACGAAUGGAUCGAGAAGGCUAGCAACACGGUUUUUGCACCAGACACCGAAGUGUUGGCUACAACCUGCCAAGGAACGCCUCUUCGAAAACACGAUUUCGUCACUGUAGUUGCGGCUAAGACCUGGCUCAACGACGAAAUUGUCAACGGGGCACUGGGCGGGCUUGAAAAGGAAAUCAACUUGGUUAAUGGCAUCACCGACUACAAACAGCAAGGCCGCAAAUGCCUUGUCAUGAACUCAUUUUUCUGGCCUCGAGUCGAAAAGGCAAAUGGCCGCCAGACGCAGUCUAUCCUUCGCCGGAUGGGCGUCACUCCUAAAAACUUCUUACUUAUGGACACAGUCCUAAUUCCCAUCUGCAAGGACUAUCACUGGACGCUCAUGGUGCUUCAGCCCCAGAAACGAAAAGUCAUGCACUUGGAUUCAUUCAACAAGCGCUCAUCUCAUCCUGAUAUGGCGCUGGCGUGGAUAUCAGACUACCUGGGCGACUUGUAUACUGCUCAGGAAUGGGAGGUGAUGGUGGUGAAGUCACCUCAGCAAAACAACGGCUACGACUGUGGUGUACAUGUGAUCACCAAUGGAAUUUGCAUGGCUUUGGGGUUGGACCCAGUCGCAAGCUACUGCGUGGAAGAGAUGCCUCUUCAGAGGCUACGAAUUGCCGGAAUGUUGCUGAAUGGAGGACUCAAUGGGGAAUUUGACCUUUGGAAACACUGA